AUGAACUGCACCCUUAAUGCUACCAUCACUCCCCAGCUGGGACUAGGACUGAGCCCAGGGGCUGAAGAUGGACCUUCCCAAGGAGCUGGUAGUGGUGCUGGAAGCAGUGGAGGCCUGUGGGUGACUUCCCUGCUCGGUACAACAUUGAUGGUCAUGUGUGCCAUGGGCGUGGCGGGCAACACAUACACACUUAUCAUCACACGCUCAGCCGCUUUGUGCCGGACAGGCUCUAUGUACGUCUACAUCAUUAACCUGGCCCUGGCUGAUCUACUGUACCUUUCCACCAUCCCCUUUGUUGUCUGCACCUACUUUGUUCAUGACUGGCUGUUUGGUGAGGCUGGCUGUCGCAUCCUGCUGAGUCUUGACCUUCUUACCAUGCACGCCAGCGUCUUCAUUUUGGUUGCCAUGAGCAUGGAACGUUACCGUGCCGUGGCCAAGCCCUUCAGUGCACACAGAUCCUCGUCCCGCAACAGGCGGUUUGCAGCAGGGAUUAUUUGGGUGUUAGCUUUCGUUCUGACACUUCCCAUGAUGGUGAUGAUCCGGCUCAGGGAGGGCAAACCCACUGCAGCAGGGAUGGUUAAAAGAAUUUGCUUCCCUACGUGGACGCCUGAGGCCUUCAAGGCUUAUAUCACAGUCCUGUUUUUCACAAGCGUUUUAAUCCCUGGACUGAUAAUAGUUGGAUUGUAUGCUGGAUUAGCCAGGCGCUACUGGACAGUACAGGCUAGUUUAGGAGGCAGCAGCCGCUCAGCUCGGCGGAGAGGACUCAGACAAAAAGUUAUAUCAAUGAUCUUAAGCAUUGUAGUUGCUUAUUGGGCUUGUUUUUUACCCUUUUGGGGAUGGCAGCUUGCCAAACUUUUCUCUCCAGAUUCCCUGAAAACGUUGUCUCCAGCUGCUCAUAAUUAUGUUAAUUUUUUUGUCACAUGUCUGACUUAUGGGAACAGUUGCAUCAAUCCAUUUCUAUACACACUGCUGACCCGAAACUAUAAAGAUUACUUAGCUCAGAAAGGGCAAUCUACAGGGUCAAGCAGAGUUGAUCCUGGUUCAGCUGUGACAACCCCAAUGCAGGACCUUUAG